UCUCCAAGAAAACGGUAAAAUCAACAGAUUGUAUUGCAAUGAUGUAUAUGCGGGUGUACCGCUAAUAGCAUAAAUGAGUCCGAUAAGAGACUCCGCGCGAUACGAACCGGGCCUUUCCGAGCGGAAUCGAUCAACCACGUCACGGUCCAAUGUUUUUACAUUCGCCGUAAACCUCAUUUAUUCGAAUCAUUUCUCUAUAAUCACGUUUGUAAAUAUAUGUAUAUGUGUAGCGCGUUGGCUUAUAUACCUGUAGCGGAAUUUCGAUAUUGUCGGUGCUCAAUUUCAUGAAUAUCGCGUGCCGCCUCGGGCAUUCAUUGACAUAUAUAGUCGUAGCUUUUAUUGCUGUAAAUACACAGAAACCUUUACGACUUGUAUACUCCGUCAAGAUAAAUAUUUCUCGGUUCUCUUACGUUGUCGGGAUGUCAUUUAGAUGGUGUUAUGCAAGGGGGAACUUGUAGGCAUAAAAAACGUCUCUCCCUGAUAGGUCGUAGGGGAGAAGCUCGACUUAAACUGAAUAAUGAAACGAUUAAUCAGAGUCUAAAGCAAGAUUGACGCGUUGUAAAUAUUGGACAAGUAAGCUAUAGUUCGUCAAAUCUUCAGUAACUUCGCGAAUAUAUAUACAGAAUCACGUGCUUUGUUUUCAUCAUUAAACCAAAGAAUUUUACCGUCUAAAAGAGACGCGCGCGAUGGCGCCAGGUAGAACAUAAUGGCAUAAUGACGUCACUUAAGUCAUUUUGGAAAACAAAAUUUUGAGAAUUAUAUAAAGCGAUUAUAUAUCUUAUAUUAGGGAGCUUUUAAAUCUAUAAUUCCUUUUGUCAACUUUAAAUAAUUUUUUUAUCAUUUUUGUCAAGAUAACUUUUAAGUGAUGAAUAAAAUUAUUAUGACGUCAUGAAUGUUAUAUUCUACCUGGGGAUAUAUAUACACAACAUUUAAACGUAAUAAAAUUUAAUCAAAUAUAUGACAUCUUUUAACAAAAUAUUAUCGAUGUCGCGUCCGCACAUUCAUCUAUCUGCGUUUUCAUCAUCGAUCUUAACAUAGCAUUAAAAUAUAAUCCAUUAACACGCCAUUAAGGUAUAAAAAUAAUUAAUCGAUCGCGGCGCGAAAGCGCGCGCAAACUUUUCUCCCGCCACGAGACUUUAUCUUUUCAUACGAAAGAAGAAGAUAGUUUGGGGUAAUAAUUUAUUUUUGCAAUAUAUCUUGCGUCCAGGCACUUGUAUAUGCGACGCUAUCGCUCGCUGUAAAGUAUAAGACGAUUCUCGCCAAAGUGCGAGGCGGGGGAUGGACGGGGGUGGUCGAUAUUAACUCCGCGAAGCACCUUACCUCGCGGAGAACCGCGGUGGCUGAAGUUAGUCACAUGCCGGCCGCGGUCGAGUGUACUCGCUUAUUUGUACUGGAGCGUCUCUCCGCUGCUUCAUCUAAACAUCGAUGAGCGAUCAGGCGUCGUCGGAUUCGCGAUCGCGGGAGAUGAUGAGGGAUAAUCGGUGGUUCCUGAAGGACGAGACGUAGGGGGAUAUGUCCGGCUGCUUGUCGUCAUCUAUGACAGGCUCGACAGAUGCGGGGCCGCUGCAGCCCCAGGAAGAUCCCGUGCCGCCAUCGACUUACGACCUUAGACCCUUGUCCGAGGGCGAUGGCUCGUCGGCGAGGCGAGGCUGUCGUCAUCGUCAUCAGUUACGACGUCGGAUGACGUCCGCUCCGCCGUCCGGACAAACGAUACAGCUGACUCCACUCUGGGAACACGUAGUGCGAACGCGUAGGUUUCCAUCCGAGAUCGACACUCAGGCCACCUUCAUUGAGAUCUCCGAGAGACUUCGAGACCCGGAAUGGGAGGUGCGCCAGCACGCUCUGCGAGUGCUAAUGGACGUUCUACCGACGCUGAAUGCCGAUGUCGUUGACAAGGUCAUGCAACCGGUGGUGCCGGAGCUGAUCAAUAAUUUGGGGCAUCCAGCGCCGGCGGUACGCAAGGGCGCCUUGGACGCGCUGCGGGUCUACCUCAUUCACCCCAACAAAGACAGCGUGGUCAAAAACAUCCUUCACGACGGCUUGAAUCGACCGGACGCUCACAAUCCAUUUCAGACGAACGUGACAACGGGGGUGAUUCUGAGUGCUCCGCUGCUGCUUUUUCCAUCCUCCGACAGUCCUCCACCGACCACGCAGAUCCUGAAAGACGCCACGAUCGCCUUUGCCGCACGACUGGUCCAGGUACCGCACCAGGAGGCCGUUCUCAAAUCCCUCAUGAAGAUUCGCGAUGAGGUCGGCGACGAAGAAUUCGAGAGCUACCUGGCGGAUUACGACGACAAGCUGAAAAAGAACAUCGACGUUCUCUCCAAGAUUUACAACAUCAAGCCAACGACCAAGAAGAAGCGAGAGAGAAAUCGCGCGCGGGAUAUCGUCAAACCCGACACGAAGGAACGUACCUUGGACAAGAGCUGGGACAGCGACAGCGACACUUCCGGUAUUGCUGAAGAAGAGGAUGAAGGCGCGAUACCACCAGCGAGAGUUGUUCUGGAGACCGAGAUCAAGUUCAACGAAGAGACGGCCAUCACGAUGACGAUCCUGGAGGAAAAGGAGGAGGAUGAGAGCGGGAAUUCGGCCUCCUCGGAUAAACGGAAGACGCCGAGACGCGUCCGCUUCGGCGGCGAGAUCGUCAAGUUGAGGACACCCGACAGCGACGAGACGGAAUCGAUCGAGAUAACACCUAAGACGAGGAUCCCGCUUCCUGUAUCGCCAGCUACCAAGAUGCCGGAAACGACGAAUCGGAGACGACCAUCGUCGCAGCCCUGUAGUCCCUACGCGGGAGAGAAACGAAGAUCGAAGAGGGUUUCCAGGUCGGCAUCCAGCAGCCCCAAGAGAGAAUACACUCACAACGCGCAACUGAGUCCUAAGAAGAGUAUCCUCACACGAACGGACGGUCCUCUCAUCGUUAUCGAUUCUACGGAAGAAGCUAAGAGAAGUAAAAAGAUAGGAAAAGCGGCGAACAGUUUUGGAGGAUAAAGCUUUUCCAAGGUGAAUGAUAGUUCGAAAGAAGUUAACGAGACGUCGAGGAAGGAAGACGCUGCUUUAGCUCAAACAACUUUGUAUUCAGCGAAUAAAGAGGAUAAACUGAUCAAGGAUAAUGAAAAUAACGUGUCCAAGGCAGCUCAAGUUGCAACCCCGAAGAAUGCAUCAUUAAGGGGAGAACAAACGAUCCUUGAAGGAAAUCACGUGAUCGAUGAAAGCGUUUCCGAAACCGCCUCGCGACGAGAGAAGACUUCAUCGCCGACAAAGCUGUUGAAUCCAAGUCGUUCGAAGACGACUGAAGAAAAUAAGGACGACGAAAUGGAGAGAGGACGCUCGAAUGAAGACGUUCGGAAGGCAUCGAUCGAGCAGAGCAAUUUUACCCGCGAUUUUUCCAACAAUCUGCCAUUCGGGUCGCCGAUUAACGGCGAAUGCGAGGCGCGAAUAGAUCGCCUGGUUGGCGGCGAUUUCGUCGACGACGAACGGGAGGACGUGCGCAUUUUCGACGACGGCGAAGGACGAAGGGGACGAAGCGGUCAAUGCUCCGGCGACCGGAAGAGCGCGUCGGAGGGGAACGGAAGUGUCACUUGCAGCAGCAGCGAGGGCGAGGGAAAACCGCGAGAACCUAGCUGGGAGGAAUUAGGGUUGGUCGGUCAAGAGGUGCUGGACGAUCUGCACAAUAAGGACGAUUGGCGGGCACGCGUGAGAGGCUUGGAGAGAGUCGCGUCGGCUCUGCGGACGUCCUCGGCGCUGAUCGCGAUAGAGUCGCGAUUAGGAUCGCUCUUGCAUGCGGUGCUCGGUGGCGAAAGGAGCUGCCGGGUGGCCGCCGCCGGCUUCGCCGUGGCGAAGGUCGUGGUCGCCGGUGUCUCGGAAGACGCCUUGAGGAAGAGAUUGCCCCAGCUGGCCUGGGGCCUCGCCAGACAGGGUGGUCCAGCUGCGGCGCAGCUGGCCAGGAUCGCGAUGCUCAGACUGAAACCCAGCCUCCUUCUGGAACAGCUGCUGCAGCCUCACUGUCUAAGCGCUAGAAACGCCAAAACGAGAGAGAACGCGCUGCAGCUACUGAUCUUUUCUCUGGUGACGUUUCCGAGUACCGAGUUCAAGCUGGAAUUUGUGGCUAGUCGAGUCGCCGCGAUGGUCCCGGAUCGUCGACGCAGAGUACGUCAAGCUGCUCUCGAUGCUUUAGCCGUUUUAGGACAGAUUUAUGAUUCCGAGGAGGUUCUCGAGGCAGGAAGACAAGCGGCCGAUGGACAUCCCGAUGCCGAGGCAAUGCUGGCUGCCGUCAGAGCACGGUUGGCCAGGAAGUUGCUACCCCUGGUGUCGGCCGAUGGCCUUGUGGUGUACGGUUUGCAAAUUUCAUCGACUGUUCAGAUCACUACGGGUCCCGAUGUCGAUUGGAUCGUAGCGGGAAGCGGCUCGGUCUCACCUGGUACCGGUCGCACCAGAGGUCAGAUCAUCGCCACAUCUAGAUCGGCGCAAGGAAGAGCAUCCCGGAACGAAAACAACCGCGAAAACUCUUGGAUGGAUAGACCAAAUCUCGUCGCGCUUGGUGUCAGUUUGCAAUCUAAGACCGAAUCGACCGCUUGGCAGAUAUUACCUUCGCAAACUAACGACGACAAUGGAAAUGAGAUAAAAGGCUCGAACGGACGGAACGUGAAUGCGGGAGUGUUCUCAAACGUCAAUUUAAGAUUCGAAGAGCAAUUGCGAUCCUCUUACACAUCAUCGAAUCAGUACGAUUUCGGUGAGACUGAUGCUAAAAAUCACAGAGAGAUUUCUGACAAUAAUUUUGAACAGAAAGCGCGAAAUCGUAAAAACGUUAAUGAAGUUGCUAAAGAAAAGGAAAGCACUGCUCUCCGAGGAGAAUCCAAGAUUCCGAUAUUGUCAACACGCGAGCGGCCUAAAAUAACUACGCAAAAUCGUGAAAAAUCCAUCAAUCUGGAAUACAUCAAUUCUAAUAAUUCGCGAAAGCAAAUGAAGGAUGCGUUGGACAGCAAUAGCAACCGGAUAAAUUCGCGGCAAGAAAAUAUUCGGUCAUAUGCGGCUGCGUAUCAAAGGCGAAAACGUCUGCAACAAGAGGCGAAUCAGACUUUGAAUCAGACAUUCGAUUCGCAUUGCGGUAGUUACCGUUCAUCUUACGCGAAAGCUCCGGAAAUAACAAAUAGAGAAUAUAAUAGCGUUGCGGGAAGAGAAGCGAUUUUCUCGAAUGACAAUUACGGCAGAUUUGUGAACGACGAUUUUACGGAUAAGAACGAAAACUCGGAUCGCGCAGGAGGACGUAAACGAUUAUCUAGAAAUAUGCAGCAACAGACGCUUGUCGAAAUGUACAGCUCGAUUCACGAGCGACAGAGGAAACUUGCGGACAGAACUGUAUAUAGACGAUUACGAACUGCUCCGAAUCCAUUAACUUGCGUGUAUGACGAGAAUCUAAAAUCACAAGUCUCGGAUAACGAUAGGAACACGAUAUACCGGUCGAAGGAUGGAUCGGAAGUGGCGGAAGUGGAACGGAAGACCGAGGAUCUGACCUCGUCGGAUUCGCAGGAAAACGGACGUUCUUCUGUGGAAAAGGUGAAACCUCAUCGCCGAAGGCUACGAUCAUUAUCACCCUCGGAACUCCAUCGACCGCGACAGUUCGGCAAAUUGACCUCCAGAAGAUUUCGCACCGCGUCGAUGUACGACAUCGACAAAGCGGUAAAGGAAGAGGAGUACAAUGUGCGAAACAAACGUCACUUGUCGCCGGAGGCGAAGAACUAUCAGGUGCAAAACUCGAACAAGGAGGAAUUCCGGUACCAAGAAUUUCUGCGGUCUUUCUCGGUCGCGCGCGGUCACCCCGGAAGCGCAAACAGCUCGUCGUCGGACGUUUCCAGGAGUGAUCAACGAGGGGUCGACAAGAAUCAGGAUGUCGCGGGGUCGCGGAAUUACAACGGCAACGACAGUGACAACAGCGGAUCGUCGACCCCGCGAAGUCAAAAUGACGAUCCAGCGUUUGACGUCAUCACAACGAAUCGUCAGGGUGGUCGCGACUACGUCGACUCCUUUUUCGGUGACUCACCAACAAUGAGGAUUAAUAGUUCGAUAAUAGAUUUUUUCGCAUAUGUGGAGUCGUUACUUCCUCAGCGAAAAUUUAAAGAACGGCGUUCGUCGUUUGACGCGACAUUUUAUUUUCCAUCAUUAAAUACGACGCCGUUGGACACCGACAAGAUGGAAUACUCGAGCCAGAUGGCAAAAGUACCAGACGAGGCGUCGAAGAAAUGGAACAGUGAGGACGACGCGAAGCCGGGGAGUCGAAUGGGGUCGAUUUCGAGGCUUUCGACUCAUGGAGAGCUAAUCGUGAACGAAAAUCGCAGCGAGAGCACAGAAAGCAGUUGCAGUUGCGGCUCGCAAUCAGAUGAUGUUAGAUCGAGCGCUAGAAGAAGAUCCAUCGUACCUGUAACCCCGAACGAACGCGUUUCACCCUAUCAGGAGGAUCCAAAAAUAAUGAAGGAGUCGGUGCAAACAAAAACCGCGAGUCCCAAAAAAUCGGAAUCGCUCUACCGAUCGCCCGAGAAUCGCAGCAGCAAUAACUCGCCAAUCUCCGAUCAAUCGCCGUCCAAAAGGAAUUCUCGCUGCGGUUCGCGCAAUUUGGCCGAGAAUCCCAGGGAUUUCAGCGAGGAGAGAAUAAUCGCUUCCAUAGUACCUGACGAGGAUGCUUCCGUUCAAUCAUCGUUGGACACCAUCGCUCGCCCGCUCAUAGACAUCAAUAUGACCGGUGAAUCACCGGCAAUCAUCAUCGCGUCGAGACCCCAUUCUCACGAGACUGCCGAGAAUCUAGAGAACUCGCGUAAUCAGAUUCAUACGCAGGAGUUUACGGAAGAGGAGUCUAGCGUGAACGACACCUUGGAGGACAGACAAAGUAAAGACAGUACGAGUGAAACGAAUACCGAGCCGGGAAUAUUGAAAAUCGAGCCUGAAUCUGGGAAAGCUAUUGAGUCGCGCAGAAGAAUCGCUUCGAAAGUACCGAUACGUAGUGUCAGUAGAUACCGAGCGCCUUCCAACAAAAGAGCCUCUCCGACCGAGAAGUCCUCUCUGGAAAAAUCCAAGAGAAUGGUGCAACAAUGCUUUGCACAAUUGGAUAAUAAAGAUUGGGAAGUAACGAUGAAGGGGUUGAAGAGCCUGUCUCAGAUCUCGAAGCAGCAUCCGGAGUAUCUGGACGCGUGCGCGACCGGAACGAUAAGUCGGCUUCUCGGACGACAUGUAAAGAACCUUCGUUCGCAAGUGGCUCGUGCCGCGUGUCUCGCUGCCGGUGAUGUCUUCAGCUCGCAGAUCCGGGGCAUCGAUCAGGAUUUGGAUGACAUAGCUGGACCGUUGCUUCAAAGAACAGCUGAUACGAAUCGAUUCCUUCGAGCAGACAGUAACGCGGCCCUGGAUCAGAUGGUGCAGUAUCUUCCGCCUCACAAAACCAUCGGUAUUAUCGUACUUCGGGGAGCGAGCCAUCAAAACGGUAUCGUACGCGCAGCGACCGCUCGAUUGCUAUUCGACAUCACCGAUCGCAUCGGACCGGAUCACAUUAUGAUCUUACCACGUGACGGGAAGGAUAAACUAUUAAAUGCAGGCGCAAAAUUGUUGAUGGACGGAAAUCUAGACGCCAGGAAUUAUGCGAAGAAGAUGUUUCGACGCCUGGCUCGCUGCGACGGAUUUCGGAAAGCGUUAACGGACGCAGUACCGGAAACGACGUUGAGACACAUCGACAAAACCAUGAAGACCUUGUAACCCCUAUCGUUCCGUCCGAAUUAAAUCUGCGUAAUGUUAUUUAGCCCUUUGUUGUCGUUAAACAAACUACCCCAGAAGACUGCUGUAUUACGCAGAAACGAUUUUAAUGAUCCGUUUAAAAGUCGAUUUAGGACAUGACAAGAAUUUUCUACAACGUAUAUACCAGAGACAAGCAAGCAGCCAUUUCUCCCCUGCGUAUUAUCUGUAUAUUUUCCUUCUGAAAAUUCAAUAGAGCGAAAUGAUGUGAUUUUAGUGAUUGUAUAAUGUCAGGGAAAAAAACGAGAGAAAGAGCUCAUCUCGUAUCACGAUUUUCGUCUCCCUUUUCUCUCAUCACAAAAUGAACCCGGCGAAGUUUUGAUACUUGUAAUUUUAAUACAUAUACGCAUGUAUAUUAGUUUUUUAUAUGAUUGUAUAAAGGAUGUGCACUUUGACGUAAGUGCAAGUUUGGAGAACUGUAGUGCCUUCGUAUUUGACGAUUGUUGAAAUUUCGCGAUCGCAAAAUUUUAGCUCAAUUCUAUACAUUAAUUGUAGCGCUCGUGACGUAAAUUGUAUCGACGCCAUUGUGUGUUUCGAAGAAAGAAAAAAAACAUUUUUGUCUCAUUGUUGUCUUCACCAACUCUAUAUUAAUGAGUUGCAGGAAGAGAAAAAUAUAAAAUAUAGCUGACAAAAAGAGACCAUUGCCGAUAGCGAUGAGUUAAUUUGCUUCGGAAUCGACGAUGCUUUCGACGUGAGUCGAAAGUUUAAAUUCGUUAGUUCGAUACCAUAAUUAUUGUUUGUAAAUCCAAUUGUAACUUCUGAAUAUAUAAUAUUACUCUAAACGCGCUACAAAGGAAAGUAUUGACGAAUGUUUAUAAAUUUUUACCGAAUAAUAAAAUAUCAAGUGCUAUAAGACUAGAAUUUGUUUAUGAAAAUGAUUAUUGAAUAUUAUUUGAGACUUUCUCUCUCUCUCUCUCUCUCUCUCUCUCUCUUUUCUGUGAUUUGUAAGCCGUCCAUUAGAAUUGUAUAUCAGAGAAUUCAUUUAUAUGUACAAUAUAAUAUAAAAUAAUUUAUACGCGUACACAUAUGUGUAUGUACCAAA